UUGUUCCAUUCCUCUCCUGGUGGUCCGCUUUCUCUUCCUCCACCUGCCCUCCAUCCUCCCUUCAGAGGUGCUGUGCACGAUGGGGAAGACGGAGCUGCACUCUUUGUACAAAACCUUCCUGGACUGCCUUUGCCUCUGCUUGUCUCGAGGCAGCGUUGAAGCGGCGGGUGACAUCGACCGGGACACUGAGAGCGGACAUCUGCUGUACAGGAACGGGGACAUCCUGGAGGAGCGAUACGAGAUACAGGACACGCUAGGGGAGGGGACCUUUGGGAAGGUGGUGCAAUGUUUGGACCAUGGCAGAGGUGGACGUGGAAUCGCUCUGAAGAUCAUUAAGAACAUGGAAAAGUACAGAGAAGCAGCCAAACUGGAGAUCCAUGUUCUGGAGAAGAUCAGCAAGAAAGAUCCAGGCAGAAUGUUUCACUGCGUGCAGAUGCUGGACUGGUUCAACUACCGCGGCCACAUCUGCAUCGCCUUCGAGCUGCUGUCCCUCAGCACCUUCGACUUCCAGAGAGCAAACAACUUCCUGCCUUACCCGCUCCACCACGUCCGACACAUGGCCCAGCAGAUCUGCCGCGCCGUCAGCUUUCUCCAUGACAACAGACUGACUCACACCGACCUGAAGCCAGAGAACAUCCUCCUCGUCAACUCCCGCUAUUCCCUGGUUUACAACGCUGACAAGAAGUGUAACGAACGCAGACUCAACGACACCACGGUGCGCCUUGUGGACUUCGGCAGCGCCACAUUCGAGCAGGAGCACCACUCCACCGUCAUCUCCACACGUCACUACCGGGCCCCAGAGGUCAUACUGGAGUUGGGGUGGAGUCACCCAUGCGACGUGUGGAGUAUCGGCUGCAUUCUCUUUGAGUACUACCAAGGAUUCACGCUCUACCAGACUCAUGACAACAAGGAACAUCUUGCCAUGAUGGAGCACAUUCAGGGAGCCAUUCCUCCAAGAAUGAUACAAAGGAGCAGGAAGCAGACGUAUUUCCAUCACGGCCACCUCAGCUGGAACGAGUGCUCCAAGUCGGGUCGAUACGUGAAAGCCAAGUGCAAGCCUCUACGGGGGUACCUUCUCUCGCAGGGGAGAGAACACCACCACUUCUUUGACCUUUUGGAGAAGAUGCUGGAGUAUGAGCCCUCAAAGCGCAUCUCCCUCUCCUCCGCUCUGAGCCAUCCUUUCUUCACGCGAGCCCAGCAGCCGGCAAGGUGGGCAGCCGUCAGAAACAGCUCCAGUAUGAGCAGAUAGCUAGCUUGACCACUAGAGGGUGUGCAGUCCAGUCAUUGGUUGGCGAGCAUGAUGACAGCAUCACGCAUCAUUUGCAUAGCGGCUGUAGUUAGCGCCAUCCCGGAAACCAGGUUAGGUUCCACCGUGAGGAGCUAAAGCCGACUAUAUGAGCCCAUAUAGAGACGCUGCUUUGCUUAGAGGCGAGUUGGGGGGGCAGUGCCCCACUACAUCCGGCAGAGGAUGAUUUUUCUUCUUUGCAAUAUUUUUUAUAUUGAAUACAGAGCAAGGAUGCCGAAAGAACGGGUACAAAUAAAGCUGGAUUUGUUUUGGGAAUAACUUCCUUAGUGUCUGUUUGACUUCCUGUUCUUGGGUAGAACUUGAGUCGGACAGAGUAUUACUUGCGUAUCUGAUACUUUGGUAGGACUGAGUAUUACUUACAUAUCUGAUACUUGGGUAGAUGAUGUUCAUUUUUUUUUUUUUGUUUUUUUUUUUUGAUCCAUGGCAGCGAGCUUGUCAAAGAGGAGGAAAGCACCCCCCCAACCGCUGCCCCAUACCCCCCCCCCCCCCCCACACCCACACACACACUGCUCACUUAGCUGCCAUUGACUGUGGCAUAUUGAUGGAGUGCAGAGGUCACAUUCACAAGGCUACCAAUGUGUUUUUUGACUUAUAACCUUGGUGUGUGUGUGUGUGUGUGUGUGUGUGUGUGUGUGUACACACUCCUUUCAUCCACUUGUCAUUCUAUUCCUGGCGGUGGGAGAAACGCUAGCCAUUUUUCAUUUGAUUAGUAGACAUUUAUCUAUGAAAUAAUUUGCUUCUUUCUUUCUUCCAUUUAGGGAUGCAUGUUAAAUAUCAAAAUAAUAACUUGAUGAUUAAAAUGACAAGGCAAGGGUCCCCACGGCAUGUCUGCCUGUCUCAGCUGGCCUACGCCGGCUCAGUCGCCAGUCGCCGUGCGGUGUGAAAGGUAACGUAAUCUAACAUCAUGCGUCAUUUAUUUAUUGUUCCUACGAGGUGGCUAAGCAACGAGACUGCAAGAUGAGGAUGCUGCCUCGCUAUGUAUAAUCGUGUUGCGUUGCCCGGAGUGCCAGUGAUAAGCCCGACAGCCCAACGUGCCUCCAGUGAGCGUUGCUUGGUCAUGCCGCAGCCGUCAGCACGUGUGUAAUCACAUGCGCUGACGUGUUAUGUGCUGCUAAUUCACCUUAAGGAGCUCACAUCAGUCAGCCUUUUUAUUUGCAAAUCCUCACUGGGUCGCCACCUCACGUCAUUUCUCACCCAUUUCAGUCUGUCUGGGGAGGGGGGAAAGGGGGGGGGGGCACGUGCUGAUCACCGAGCCACAAGAGAAUCCUUUUAAGUGGCUCGUUUUAGCACAUUGGCAUGGUAGCUGUGGUUCUCACACACACACGCAGUGCACUUAUUCAUAAUGCUAUAUUAAUAAUGCUCCACUAGCUCCCACAGACGUAGAAAGAGGACCAUUUCAAAAGUGCAUAUUUUCUUCACUGGCUGUCCCAAUACUUUUGUCCAUUUCAUGUUACUGGCUUGAUUAAAAAAAAAACAUCCUGUGUAUGAAAAUGAAUGAAUGAAUAAGUCCAUGUUCAUUUCAUUCAUUAAAAAUAAUUAGUAGCCAUUUUUUAUAGCUUAUUUAUUUGAUUAUUUUGAUUAUUAUUUUUUGAUUAUUUUUAUAUAUUUUUUUUUUAUAUUAUAUUGAUUAUUUUGGGAUAAUAUAUUGUUCCUUUGUGGCUAUGAGUUGCACUUAUUUUACUAUUUGUAUUCUUACAGAGCUAUGUCAUUUGUCCUUAUUUGUGGCUAUUUCCGUUUGCUAUUUUAUAUAUUAUUUCUUUUUAAUGAAUGUCAAUUUUCUUAGUUGUAUUUGUGCAUAUUUUAUAUCCUAUACAUUUCAGCACUUGAUGUUUGAAUGUGUCUUUUAAUUUGUUAUUUGUAGUUAUUUUAUUUUUGGCUAAUAUUUUUUGGCUAUUGAAUAUAUUUAUUUGUAGCUCCUUUUAUUCAUUUGUGGGAAGUUAUUGUAUUUUGUAACCAUUUGUUUUCCUGGUGAGCCAAAAAGGCUAAGCAGGAGAUACGGACGGAUGCACGGAUGUCUGUUUGGGAUGCGAGCUGACAGGUGGAGGGCGGCAGCUUAAAAAGCAGCAGGCCGAUGUCGGGUGUGUUUGUUUGAGUCCCGUAUGACAUCACCGAUGUCUCCUGUCAACACGUGAGUAUGGAGAGCAUUCCCUGCCACGGCUAACGAGAUCUCCGUCACUAAGUGUGUUAAGCGCUAAUCCGUCCAGGAGAGUUGAGGGGGGGUGGCGAAAGGGUUCUUUUGUUCCUAGGAGUCCACUACCGCCGUCCACCGGGAGACACGCAGCGCCCACCCGGACUGCGGGAAGCACCACAAGCGUCCUGCGAAGAGAAUCUGUUAUUUGCUCAGGUGUUGGGCUGCCAGUGUUAAAAAGUGAUUGACAGGUGGAGGUGGAGGCCAUCUGGCGGGAUCAGGAUUUAUCUUGUGAGCCUUUUUGCCAACUGAGCACACCUGAAAGGAUCCAGAUCCAGAUCCAGGUCCAGGUCUGCAGCUGAGAUCAAGCACCCGGAGGUGGACCUAUCAGAGUAACACAACAUGAGUCGAGGAGAGCACCACGAUACACGCCUCUGUCACCUGUCGGCACAAUAGCAAGCAGAAAUAAGGCCAUGAUCAUGGAGUCUGUGGUGAGGGUGAAGAAGUCCCUGCGUGCGCCCGUCAGGAGGCUGAGCAGCUGCGUGGGAGGUCUGGGGGCCAGGAAGUUGUGCGCCAGACGCAGCAGCCGCAAGAGAGGGAGACGCGGGGGAGGAAGAGGAGGAUGCG